AAUAGUGGCCUGAAAUCGAGCGGAAUUCAGUCGUGCUGCUGUUGUAACAUCGUCGUUGACGUUGUUUAUUCACGAAGACCACUGGCGAGUGGAUCUCGUGAAAAUCGUUUAAUCUUAUCUGGCGGUAUAGGAUAAAUCGAUAAGUAAGCGGCAGCAGGGUGAUUCGCACGCACGCCGAGAUAUUACGCUUCCUCGAACACGCAAUAACGCGAUCAUGGGUGCGACGUCUCGGCCUCUCGUGAUCACGGAAGAGAUGAUAAUUGGAGUGUUGCUAAUGCUAGCCCCUGUACUUCGGAUAAACGCUUUAUUACUCGGCUUCGUACCGAGCACCCCCAACGACGACAACAAAACCGAACGGGAGUUCAACGUUUACUGGAACGUGCCCACCUUUAUGUGCCAUAAAUACGGGCUACGCUUCGAAGAAGUAUCGGAGAAAUAUGGUAUCCUACAGAACUGGAUGGAUAAGUUUCGGGGCGAAAAGAUCGCGAUCCUUUACGACCCUGGAAUGUUCCCGGCGUUGCUGAAAGACCCGAACGGGAACGUGGUGGCGAGGAACGGCGGUGUCCCGCAACUGGGCAAUCUCACCAAGCAUCUCCAAGUAUUUCGGGACCAUUUGAUCAAUCAGAUCCCGGACAAAUCGUUUCCCGGCGUGGGGGUGAUCGAUUUCGAAAGUUGGAGGCCGAUAUUCAGACAGAAUUGGGCCUCCCUCCAGCCUUAUAAGGAUCUAUCCAUAGACAUAGUUCGCCGCGAGCAUCCGUUCUGGGACGAUCGGAGGGUGGAGCAGGAAGCGAAACGAAGAUUCGAGAAAUACGGGAAACUUUUCAUGGAGGAGACGUUGAAAGCCGCGAAAGGGAUGAGGCCGUCCGCCAAUUGGGGAUACUACGCUUACCCUUAUUGCUACAAUCUGACACCGAAACAACCGAACGCCCAAUGCGACCCAACCACCAUGCAGGAAAACGAUAAAAUGUCAUGGCUGUUCGAGUCGGAAGACGUCCUCCUUCCGUCCGUUUACUUGAGAUGGAAUCUGACGAGCGGCGAAAGAGUCGGCCUGGUCGGUGGCCGCGUGAAGGAGGCGUUGAGAAUAGCGAGGCAAAUGACGACGAGCGGAAAGAAGGUUCUACCCUAUUACUGGUACAAAUAUCAGGAUCGAAGGGACACGGAUUUGAGCAGGGCCGACCUCGAGGCAACUUUACGAAAAAUCACGGACCUCGGCGCCGAUGGGUUUAUCAUUUGGGGAAGUUCCGACGAUAUAAACACGAAAGCGAAAUGCCUGCAAUUCAGGGAAUACCUGAACAACGACUUGGGCCCUGUCGUUAAACGAAUCGGUCAACUCGCGUUGAACGACAACGCCCCUUCCGUGAGAAGUCGACUCGACGUGAGCGUCGACCAAGUGAGAGAGAGAGAGAGAGAGAGAGAGAGAGAGAGAGAGAGAGAGAGCGAGAGGCAGAGCGAGGGACUUUCAUUCAUUCGGGGUGGGGAGCAGCGAAUAAACGCGAUGCGUGCACACGUGCACACGAUCCACGCCGCGGCUCGAAUCGUAAUCGCGAAAUUCCUUCGUUCGAUCGUUGCACGCGAACGUGAAAGAGCGAACGGUCCGAAAGCGGAGAAAGUCCGUUGUUGGACACUCUCUCUCCGCCUUGGAAACUCUCCUUCUUACCUGGCAACUGAUUUAUCGGCGACGCCCGUUCACCUGGAAAGAUUCGGAUACCCUCUCUCUCCCUCUAUUGUUUCAGGGAUCAUGGGAUCGACGUGUCAUCUGACAGCGGUGAUCGCGCUGUUCCUCCUUCGAGCGGCCACUCUACACGCCCAUCGUGAGCACAAGGUUCACAACAUCGUGCUGUAUCCUGACAAGCACAGCUGGUGUCAGACUACCCAGAUAAAGCAGGUGGUCACGUGGCCCCAGUGCUCCUCCCAGGAAUUGGACAACAACGUCUGCGUGGGAGCUUGUUUCUCAUACAUGGUGCCGCACAGCGAGCCAUCCGCCCCCGGUGAUCUGAUCAGACCUUACUGCGACUCCUGUCAACCGUUGGACAGUGUUUGGCACACGGUCACGUUGGACUGCAAGGAUGAGACGAACAAUCCUAUCACGAUGCAGAAGAAGGUCCAAAUCAUCACCAAUUGUUCGUGCACCUCGUGCAUGGAAACUUCUCGUAUCAAGCCGGACUACAACACUCUGCUGCAAUCGUUGACAGACGAAAGUUUGGACAAGAACGUGAACGUGGUGCACGAGAUGCCCGAUCUGUUGGAGAAUCCCAACUUGAACUUUUCCAAGAACACGAGCAGGGACGGUGUCCAGGCUAACGAGAGAUUCAUGCAGAACUUCAAACAGUUGAAAGACUCGGCCAAGUUGGGGACGAAAGAGCUGUUCUCCAAGCUGGACGAGGACAUCGAUUUCGACAAGUUGAGGGAGUUGUUGGACAAAUACGGGCAGGAGGAGGAGAAGCAACACUCUCAUCAACGCCUCCACCAGCAUCAACAUCAAUCGAGCGGGAAACAGCAGCAGCAACAGCAGCAGCAGCAGCAGCAGCAGCAGCAACAACAACAGCCUCAGCAUUACACGACCACGAUGCUUCGAGGGCCUCAUCAUUCCAUGGUUUUGGACUCGGACGUGAAAGAGAAGAUCGACGUGGAACCCCAUUAUCUUCAUCCAGCUGUCGCGGGCCAAGAGAUCAGCUAUCACGACAACGUGCUUGUUGACAAGGAUAAGAAAAAGGAUUUCUGAGGGGAGGGGAGGGGUGGAAGACCUGCGUGUUUCGCGAUGGAAACGCGUGGGGUGAACGAGAUCGAUUUCUUUUCCAUUAUUAUUUGUUAAGAUUCAUUCGUGACCUAGUCCAAUCCAGUAGUAAAUUGUUCCAUUUGAUUUGAUGGUAAAUGAGAUUCAGCUCGUUUCGCGUGCUAUCGCAUAUAUCUGUAAAUAGAAGAGAUUCCUCGUUUUAUUUUAUUUCCGUUCUUAUUUUCUUUUAUAUCUUUGUUGGCAAAAGAUAAUACUCUCUUUUUUUUUUUUUUUUUUUUUUUAGUAUCGAUUAUUAUCGUCGGGAAACCGAAGUUGGAAUUAACGUGCAAAAACCUCGUUAGGAUUUAAUCAUAUUUAGGGAAAUACGUGGAUAAGUAAAAGAUAUGGAAAGGAAGAAAAAGGGGAGAGAGAAAUUCUAAUAUAUAUUUAAUUAUUAUAUUAAUUAAUAACUAUUUAAUAUACUCACGCGUCUAAUAAACGAAUAUUACGUUCCGGAAUUUUAGUUAUUAAAGUAGCAGGACUGGAAACCAUUGUAGACUUAAAGAUGUUAUAUGUCUUGUUGACUGGCUUAAAAAAAAAAAAAAAAAAAUAUACUUUGUCUCGCAGAGAAUAAAACCAAGUCUGUACGAU